UUACCCCCACUCUACUACUUUUAGCACUCAAUCCGUCUCUGAUUCUUACUCCUACCGCUUCUUCUCAGCGUGGAAAUGGCGGACGGAAUUCGAUCCUUCCAACUGAACACCGGAGCUAAGAUUCCCUCGGUAGCGCUUGGGACUUGGCAAGCUGACCCUGGCCUCGUCGGUCAAGCCGUCGCUACCGGCGUCAAGGUUGGAUACCGCCAUAUUGAUUGUGCUCAGAUCUAUGGCAAUGAGAAGGAGAUUGGUUUUGUUCUGAAGAAGCUGUUUGAAGAUGGUGUGGUGAAGCGUGAAGAUUUGUGGAUUACUUCUAAACUCUGGUGUACUGAUCAUGCACCUGAAGAUGUUCCGAAGGCCUUGACUAGGACCCUGCGAGACUUGCAGCUUGAUUAUGUUGAUUUGUACCUUAUCCAUUGGCCUGUCCGGAUGAAGAAGGAGUCAGUUGGCUUUAAGCCAGAAAACCUUGUCCAACCAGACAUACCUAGCACGUGGAAAGCAAUGGAAGCACUCUAUGAUUCUGGCAAGGCAAGAGCUAUUGGAGUCAGCAAUUUUUCUUCAAAGAAAGUGGGAGAUUUGCUCCAGGUAGCACGUGUUCCUCCUGCUGUUGUCCAGGUGGAAUGUCAUCCGUCAUGGCAGCAGACCAAGCUACGCACAUUUUGUGAAUCUAAGGGAGUUCACUUAUCAGGAUAUUCACCAUUAGGUUCUCCUGGCACCACGUGGCUCAAGAGUGACGUCCUCAAGAAUCCAGUUGUACUAAUGGUUGCAGAGAAACUAGGCAAAACUCCUGCGCAAGUAGCCCUUCGUUGGGGCCUGCAAAUGGGUCAUAGCGUGCUUCCAAAGAGUGUAAAUGAAGCAAGGAUUAAGGAGAACUUUGAUGUCUUCGACUGGUCUAUUCCUGGAGACUUGUUUGCCAAAUUCUCUGAAAUUGAGCAGGCAAGACUGGUUAAAGGCACCUCAUUCAUCCAUGCGACUUUUGGUGCGUACAGGACUAUUGAGCAAUUCUGGGAUGGCGAAAUCUGAGCAGUCAAUUGCUGUUCCUUUCUCUUGUUUCUGCUUGAUAUCAAAUAACAUAGAUGACCCAACUGGGGGCAGGAAUAAAAAUUGGAACUUGACUAGAUAUGGAUAGAAGGUCGAGUACCUAAGAAUAUCAUUGUUAGUAGAAGGAUUUAACUUGAGUAUUUGAAGUACUUUAUGUUGUUUGGACCUAUUGAGACUUAAAGAUGUAUCGUUUUAUUUCGUUGAGAUUACUAGGAGAUUGUGGACCCCCUUUGAUUUAUGUUAUUUUGUAAUAAUGACUUAUAGAAUUUGUAUUUUGAUUAUUUGGAAAAUAUGAGAUUGUGUACUAUUUAUGAAAUCUUUAGAAUUUUUAGAUGCUUGGAAA